AUGGUCAAAGACUCCAACACCGUGAUCAACGAAUUCAACGGCCUGGUCAACAUGACAGCCAACGAACUGCGCGACUGGCUCCACGAAGAGCAAUCGCAGUCCUCGGGCUGGAAGAACGAGUCCACUGGCGAGACAAUCGGCCAUGAAAGCGGCCGCAAAAUCGUCAACAUCCUCGAACACAACCCGAACAAGGAUCCCUCGGGGUACACGGACGAAGACGUCGACCAUAUGCGGCGGGUGGUUUCGUACUGCAAGCGGCAUCUUGCGCAGGAGGAGACGGCGAAACGGAAUCCGGAUAGUAAGAGUUAUCGGUCGCUGAAGAACUGGGGGCAUGAUGCGUUGAAGGAGUGA